GCUCCGGCCGUGCCUCCGCCCCGUCUGUCUUCGGGACCAGUUCAGGGCUGCUGCUACGUUGUCCCCACAGGUUUCUGUGCCCUGUUCCCACGGGUAGCCGGGCCCCUCUCCCCACGGGCGGCAUCUCGUCUUCCCGAGAGGCUGUGGGUGAUGGGUGAGGGAUUAUUUUUUUAAGAUCACGGAGGGGCGGUGCGACUGAUGUGAGGCGCGACCAAGGCUCGCCGCGCCGCCAUUUUCCCCUCAGCGAGGCGGGGUUGUGGCGGGCGGCUUUGGUUUCGACUGUAGCCUUGUGCCGCCGCGCCUGGGGGCUCAUGGGGCUGUUCACCGCCCCAGUGAGGGACCCCGGCACGGAGGUAGUAGGUGUGGAUCCUUGCUGGCCGCCCUCAGGACCGGUUAGGGUGCGGGGCGAGCCGUGCCCGGAGGGUCUCAGCCCUCCCCUUCCGCCGGCCUUUAUCUCAUCGCUGCUCUGAAGUGCAGGGCCAGGCCAGGCCCCUCCGGGCUCGCACGCGUUACGGGUUGGCUCAGCAGUCUCAGUGCGAAAAGUUCUGUUCGCGGAGCUGCCCUGCUCGCACUAGAGACUCGUUCUCUCACCGUACUCUACCCCUGCCCCUGAGGCAAUGCGGGGGACCAGUGAAGGCAGCCGGCUGCGCUUAUGCAGGGUGGCAUCCACGCAGUGACACACUAAUCCAGCCAUGGGUAGUGCGAAUUACUCAAAAGGUCCCUGGCUACAAAGAUUUGCAAAUGGGAAACCUGUGAGAAAACCCAAGCAGCAAGAGCCUUGGAAGGCAGCACCUGAUCUAAGCCGAGAUAUCAUUGCUUCUGCUCAGUGCAUCUUGGACAGAGAAAAUUUUGUGAGGGAGCUGGACAGACAUUUGAAGCACAGGGAUUUCCUAGAACUGAGAAAGACAGAGCUUCUGUACAAAAAAUAUCUUGAGAAUGUUUCAGAGCCACUUAUGCAGAAAUUGAAGGACAAAAUGAACAGCCAGUCAGAGAAAGAAGCGUGGAAAAGGAGACAAGAACAAUUGUCUCAAUAUUUAAACUACUGUGCAAAGAAGGGCUAUGUGUUUUUGGAUGAUUAUGACCCAUCAGAGUAUGAUCCAUUCUUCCAGAAGACACGCACAGACUGCUGGAAGGAUGGAAUUCAUCAACCAGCACAAUGAUGUCACCUGUGCUCCAGCUGACCACAGCAGCAAGCACAGCCAUCAAAAGGUACCCUUUACAGAAUAGGUUACAGGCAUGCACUGCCAAAGCAAGUGAGAACAGGCCAGGCAGGUCUGUGGGCAAACUGCAAUAAACUUACUGUCUUAAACAUAUAGUUCUGAAAUGUUGUUACCCAGCAGCCAAAGAAAUGUCUGAGAUGCUCUGGCCUCUUCUUGCCAGAUCCAGUUCAAUGCUCUGUAAGCCAAAACCUGCUAUUUUGGGAGGUUUAACUUGGGCUGAGCUCAGUAAAGACAGUGCUGGUGCUCUCUCCUGGAGACAGUGUCCAAGCAGUAAAUCAAACUUGUAACGUACAUCGUAGGUGUUUUGAGAAGGCUGGAAAUAAGUAGGGGAGAGGAGAUGGGAAGUGGUGUACAAAACAUCUGGUGCUGAGCAGCAGCU